GCAUUCUUAACCCCGACUUACAAAGUUCAACAUCCUCCACAAUCUUUCUGUGUUUGUUGUGCACAUAGUUUUGCCUGAACCGAGAACCGAAAAAAACAACGCGGUCAAAACCAUGGCAUCCAUCACCCUCGAGUCUCUCCCCGAUGUCUUGGCCAACGACACCAAGGUCAAGCUCGCGGGCAUCGACGUAGACGGCAUCCUGCGCGGCAAGCUCGUGUCCAAGAAGAAGUUCCUCUCGAUAGCCAAGGAUGGCUUUGGCUUCUGCUCAGUCAUCUUCGGCUGGGACAUGCACGACCAGACCUACUUCCGCGAGCUGGGAAUCAGCAACGCCGGCAAUGGCUACCGUGACCUCGUCGCCGUUCCCGACCUGGCCAGCUUCCGUCGUGUCCCCUGGGAGAACGACGUUCCUUUCUUCCUCGUCAGCUUCCACGACCCAGACACUAUGGAGCCCAUCUGCGCGUGCCCCAGGGGACUGCUGCGAACCCAGCUUGACAAGAUCAAGAGCGAAGGAUAUGGUGCCAUGGCUGGAGCCGAGUAUGAGUUCUACCAGUUCAGGACACCAUCGUCGGAUCCGGCUGCUUCCAGCGCCCCUUCGACUGCAGCGUACCUCCGCGAAAACCCUCCGCACUCCCUUCCCGCCUUGACCGAGGGAAUGUUUGGCUACAGUCUUACGAGGCCGGUGCAUAACCAAGACUACUUUUACGACAUAUUUGACACGUGCGAAAAGUUUAACUGCAACAUUGAGGGCUGGCACACGGAGAGCGGGCCGGGCGUGUUCGAAGCCGCGCUCGAGUUCGGGGAGAUCGGUGGCAUGGCAGACCGUGCGAGCCUAUUCAAAUACGCCGUCAAGUCUGUUGCGACAAAGUACGGCAUCACGCCUUGCUUCAUGGCAAAGCCGAAACAAGGUCUCCCUGGCAACAGCGGUCAUAUGCACAUAUCUCUGGUUGACAACUCGGGCAAGAACCUGUUUGCCCGUGAAAGUCCGGACGAGAACGCGCCGUGGCCCGACGUUGCCCAGCUUUCGGACCUGGGCCGUCACUUCCUGGCUGGCCUCCUUGAAGGCCUGCCCGACAUUAUGCCAAUCGUCGCCCCCACCAUCAACAGCUACAAGCGCCUGGUCGAGAACUUUUGGGCGCCCGUGACGGUGUCGUGGGGCCUGGAGCACCGCGCCGCUAGCAUUCGCCUGAUCGCCCCACCGACCUCGAAGCCAGGGGCGACACGCUUUGAGGUCCGGGUACCGGGAGCAGACACAAACCCCUCGCUUGUUUUGGCCGCUAUUCUGGCUCUGGGAUGGCGUGGCGUCCAGAAGAAGCUCGAAAUUUCUUGCCCACCCCUCGGCAAGGGCGAGCAGGUCGGCGGCGAGAGUGACUCGGGCGUCAGGUUGGCCAAGAGCCUCCGUGAGGCCAACGAGCGGUUCAUGAGGAAGGAGAGCAUCGCAAGAGAGGCGUUUGGGGAUGCUUUUGUCGACCACUACGGCGGUACCAGGGAGCACGAGAUCAGGCAGUGGGACGAGGCUGUUACGGAUUGGGAAAUGAAGAGGUACAUCGAGACGGUCUAGGUAACGGUUUUUGUUUAUUUCUUUCACUCAUCUCGGAAUCAACGUGGGAGCAUUGCCAGACUUGCAUAUUGGGCACACAGUAAGCGAGCAUCUGGGUUAAGUAUCAAGGAGUUCCGGAUUAUAGGAGCUACAUGGGAUUUCACCAGCUUCAAAUUUCUUACUUUUGGCUAUCAUGCAGAAAUGGUUGCAGUCUUAUCGUGAUAGGGUUUGUUUAUCUUAAACAAGAUAGUUUCUGAAGUUUCCGGUUUCAAUAUACCACCAAAUGACAAAUUACA